GCUGAGGAGCGAGCGAGAGGAAAUGCCUAACUCGGCUGCAAGGCGCACAGGAGGCGCAGAGCGCUGAGCUCCACUCGCAGCGCAGGCACCGCCGGGCGCGCCGGCGGCAGCAGCGCUCCCGCCGCCCCUGCCCUCGGCCCGAGCUCCCGACCCCCGGCCCGCAGGAGCCCAGGCAUGGCUGCCUCCUACUGGAUGCUGGCAGCUCUCUUUCACCUCAUCGGCUCUUCCAAUGUUGAUGUGAAAAAUGCAAUGACCUUCAGUGGGCCUGUGGAAGACAUGUUUGGGUACACAGUUCAGCAGUAUGAAAAUGAGGAAGGAAAAUGGGUACUUAUUGGUUCUCCAUUAGUUGGCCAACCAGAGAAAAGAACAGGAGAUGUAUACAAAUGCCCUGUAGGAAGGGACAGCCAAUCGCCCUGCAUAAAACUGAACUUACCAGCUGCUACUUCAGUUCCUAACGUCAUGGAAGUAAAAGAAAACAUGACUCUUGGAACAACCUUAGUGACUAACCCAAAAGGAGGCUUUCUGGCAUGUGGACCACUUUAUGCUUAUAAGUGUGGGCGUUUGCAUUACACAACUGGAGUUUGCUCUAAUGUCAGCUCCACUUUUGAAACUGUCGAGGCCAUUGCUCCAUCUGUGCAAGAAUGUAAGACCCAGUUGGAUAUUGUCAUAGUCCUUGAUGGUUCCAACAGCAUUUAUCCAUGGGAGAGUGUCACAGCCUUCCUAAACAGUCUCCUGAAAAACAUGGAUAUAGGUCCCCAGCAAACACAGGUUGGAAUUGUUCAGUAUGGACAAACUGUAGUCCAUGAAUUUUUCCUUAAUACAUACUCAACAACAGAAGAUGUGAUGGCUGCAGCCACGAGAAUAGUCCAGAGAGGUGGUACACAGACUAUGACAGCCCUUGGAAUAGAUACAGCAAGGAAGGAAGCUUUUACUGAGGCUCACGGAGCACGAAGAGGAGUACAAAAAGUAAUGGUUAUUGUGACUGACGGGGAAUCACAUGACAACUACAGAUUAAAAGAAGUGAUUGAUAACUGUGAAGAUGAAAGCAUUCAGAGAUUUGCUAUUGCUAUUCUUGGCAGCUACAGCAGAGGAAAUUUAAGUACAGAGAAAUUUGUGGAGGAAAUAAAAUCAAUUGCCAGUGAGCCUACUGAAAAACAUUUCUUCAAUGUCUCAGAUGAAUUAGCCCUCAUAACUAUUGUUGAAGCACUGGGAGAGAGAAUAUUUGCCCUGGAAGCAACAACAGACCAGCAGGCAGCCUCAUUUGAAAUGGAAAUGUCUCAAGCUGGUUUCAGUGCUCAUUAUUCUCAGGAUUGGGUCAUGCUUGGAGCAGUUGGAGCAUAUGACUGGAAUGGCACAGUGCUCAUGGUGAAGGACAGCAGUAUUUCAAUGCCAACUAACAACACGUUUCGUGACAGGCGCUCGGAAAGAAAUGAACCCCUUGCAGCCUAUCUAGGAUAUACUGUGAACUCAGCAUUGACGCCCGGAGGCGUACUAUACAUAGCAGGGCAACCUCGAUACAAUCACACUGGCCAAGUUAUCAUUUAUAAAAUGGAAGGAAAAGAGGUGCAAGUACUUCAGAGGUUAAAUGGAGAACAAAUUGGGUCAUAUUUUGGGGGUGUUAUUACCACAAUAGACAUCAACAGAGACUCAUUUACAGACCUUCUUCUUGUUGGAGCUCCUAUGUAUAUGGGAACUGAAAAAGAGGAGCAAGGGAAAGUGUAUGUGUAUGCGCUGAACAAGACAAAGUUUGAAUAUCAGAUGAGUCUCGAACCUCUAAAGCAAACAUGCUGCUCUCCAUUAAAACAUGACACCUGCAAAGUUCUCAAAAAUGAGCCUUGUGGUGCACGCUUUGGGACUGCGAUCGCUGCAGUAAAGGAUCUCAACCUUGAUGGAUAUAAUGACAUUGUAAUAGGAUCACCCUUAGAGGAUGAUCAUCGGGGAGCUGUUUAUAUUUAUCAUGGGCAUGGCAACACUAUCAGUAAAAAAUAUACACAGCGUAUUGCAUCAGGUGGAGAUGGGGAAAAAGUGAAAUUUUUUGGCCAGUCUGUGCAUGGAGAAAUGGAUUUAAAUGAUGACGGGCUGAUUGAUGUCACUAUCGGAGGCCUUGGUGGUGCUGCCCUCUUCUGGUCUCGUGAUGUGGCCGAAGUAAAUGUUUCCAUGCAAUUUACACCCAAAAGCAUCAAUAUCCAACAGCAAAACUGUCAGAUAAAUAAAAGAAAAACCAUAUGCAUAAAUGCCACAAUUUGUUUUAAAACCAGACUAAAAUCUAAGGAAGAUCACUUUGAAUCCAGUCUACAGUAUUGGAUUACUCUUGACUCACAAAGACAAAUAUCUCGAAGCUUGUUCACAGAGAGCCAUGAGAGGAAAAUGCAAAAAAAUAUUACUGUCAAAGGGUCAGAAUGUAUUAAACAUAACUUCUACAUGUUGGACAAGCCUGACUUUCAGGACUCUGUAAAGGUUUUGCUGGAAUUCAAUUUCUCUGAUCCAGAGAGUGGACCUGUACUUGAUAGCACCUUGCCAAAUUCAAUAUCUGAAUAUAUUCCUUUCACAAAAGAUUGUGGAGCCAAGAAUAAAUGCAUUUCAGAUCUCGUUCUGAAUGUAAAAGCAAGCAUAGCUGGAGACAGCGCUUCUCCAUUCAUUGUGAAAUCACGCAAUGAUAAGUUCACCAUCCAACUAUCUGUCAAGAACAAAAAAGACAGUGCCUAUAAUACUAGAGUUUUGGUUCAGUAUUCUCCAAAUAUUAUUUUUGCUGGAAUUGAGGAUAUUCAGAAAGAUAGUUGCGAGUCCAAUCACAACAUCACCUGCAAAGUGGGAUAUCCCUUUCUAAAACCUGCACAAGAGAUUUCCUUCAAAAUAUCAUUCCAGUUCAAUGCAUCUUAUCUACUGGAAAAUGCUACUGUUCAUGUAUAUGCAACAAGUGACAGUGAAGAACCACCUGAGACCUUGACUGACAACAGAGGACAUGUUACGAUUCCAGUAAAAUACGAAGUAGGAUUAAUAUUUGUAAGUGUUUCCAAAGAGUACCAUGUUAUAAUUGCAGCAAAUGAUACCGUCCCUACUGCUAUUAACACAACUGAGAAUAUUGGGGAUGAAGUUACUCUACAUUAUAGGAUUGAAAAAGGUGAACACUUUCCAAUGCCAAACCUCACACUGCAGAUCUUAUUUCCCAAUGAAACAUCAGUCAAGAACACACUUCUCUACCUUACUGCAUUGUCAUCUUCCAAUAAUGCUAUCUGCCAAACUAGUCACCCUGUAGACCCUUUAAAGAUCAGCUCUGGGAAACCAUUUGUGUUGCAAAACAUAAAAGAACCUACAAAAGAUACGAUUAUGGACUGUGAUACAUACAGCUGUGCAUUUAUAAAUUGUGCCCUGGUUCCUUCUGACAUAACUCAAGUGAAUGUUUCAUUAAGAGUAUGGAAGCCUACCAUCAUAAAAGCAAGUAUUCACAGCUUAACCCUUGUUGUGAAAGCAUUACUUAGAAGUGAAAACUCAUCACUGAUUUUGAGAAAAGACCAUCAAAAACUAGAGACCAUGAUUAAGAUUUCCAAAGAACUCCAGCCAGGUACCGUCCCCUUGUGGGUUAUCCUCCUGAGUGUCUUUGCUGGACUCCUGAUACUUGCACUGCUUAUAUUUGCUUUGUGGAAGGCUGGAUUUUUCAAAAGACCACUAAAGAAGAAAAUGGAGAAAUGAAGAAAAAAAAUGCAGAAAUUUUUUCUCAGGUCUGCCUCAAAUAUGUGACUGUAAAAUUACAAACUCAAAUAUACAUGCAGUGUUCACAAUGUUUUCUAAACUCCAGUGCAUUUAAAAAAAAGAAGCAGAACAACUCCAAGCAAACAAAUUGAACACUUCGGUGAAUGAUGCAAAGGAAGAAGAAACAGCCUUAUGGUAUUUUGUGAUACUCAAGAACAUAACUUUAAGUGUUACUCAUUUUUGGAGAGUAACUCAGUUCAAAGGUUCUAAGGUUUUUUAAUAGGGGAAAAAAUGCCUAUUCAUAUUUUUAUAUGUAUAUACACAUAUGCGGAAUCAUUUUUCAUCCCAAAUUAUGCAACAAAUCAGCUUGUAUGUAGCAAUCCCAAUCUCUCUAUCACAUUUUAUGAUUUUUGAAGGGAAAAAGCACCAUAUUCAAAAUUUCCAUCUUAUAAUGGGACUGCAAGUUUGUGAAGCAGAAAGUUCAAACUUUGAGAAUGCAUCAAACACUGUAUGGUAUAUUGAUGCAGUGAUAAUUCAAAAGAUAGAAGCACCUGCAGGUUUGUGGGUGAAAAAAUACUGAAAUUCCAUGGACUUCUCUUUCUGCUCAGUUUAGUGUGUCCAGCUAUACCCAGGAUACUUCAAGAAAGAGAUUUUUAUUGUCAAAAGGACCAUUAAGGAUUGAGCCAUUAAAUCACAUAACUGUUUGAACUUGAAACAAAUUUUUGCAGGCCUAAAAAUGUAUGCACAGAACAUAUUCAAGCCCAUCUGAUUGCACACUGUACUUAAAUAAGCAGAGGCACAAUUGUAUCUGCAAAAUGAAGUGUCCAUAUUUAUAGAGAAAAUUUUUAGAGGUACCCUGAAAGUUUGACUCUUGCUGUAUAUCUUGGAGUAGCUAGGAGGGUGCUUCAUAAACUAUCAUGUAAAUUUAUUGUGUAUCUAUUUAAUCCAAUAAGUUUAAAGUGUACAAAAUGAUAAUUAACAAAAGAGCACAGAUAGGAAACUUAGCACUGGCAAGCUCCUUCUAGUAUUACCAGUCACACCUCAUCUUUGUUACUUAUGAGUUUAAGAAGUGAUGAAGAAUUUGCAUAUUAAAUAAGCACUUAGUAAAUGAUGUUUAUAUUGUGUCAAAGACUAAAAAUUUAUAUAAGAAUACACUGAAAUGUAGAUAGCAAAGUAUUUCUUUAAACCUAUUUAGAAUAUUCAGUUUAACAGGAAACUUCCUCCUCCUUUCUUUCACACACUUGUUUUCCUUCUACAACAAGGGUUCACAGACUGCAUGUUGUCCUUGAGACCUUCCCACAUUCCUUGCAGCAACACAAAUUUAGCAGAAGAAAGUGGAGACCAGCAGGCAAAGUGCAAUGUUGCAUCAGCAUGUUACAAGAUUGCCAAUCAAUCAAAAAAGGUUGAGGAGUACUUCUAUAAAAUAUUCUCAUUUGUGGGAAUGCCUUUGUUUUGCCAAAGAAGCCAGCGUAACUUAUUCCUUUUCUUGGUACAAUUCUCACUGAUAUGAAAAAACUCUUGUAGUUUCCCUACAGGUUGUAACAUAUUGAUAGACUCCACUGACUUUUGGUAAUAGCUUAAGAAGUAAUAAUAUAUUUUAUAAAGGUUUUUUUUUCUUUAAGAAUAGACCAUAGAUUGCAUUAUACAUGCUGGCAAAUACAACUCUGGAAAUGUGCCAGAAGGUGUUCUAUUAUUUAAAAGAUGCUGUCACUCUUAAGUCCCUUCUAUCUAGCUCCUGAAUUAGAAAUUACUGAGAAAGGCUGAAACUUAUCUGAAUACAGCAAGUAUGGUUAUGUUUGACAUCAUUUGUAAUUUGUCCUUGUGUCUAUGGGAAACGUGGUUGUUGGCAACAGUUUGCAUAAAGUAGGGUGAUUCAGAGCAGAGGACAGAGCCCCAGGUGGGAGCUCUGUGGGUCGCUGUGCCCUGCAGAGCCUGUGAGAGUCGCGGUGAAGUCACUAGAGUCAAUGAACUUGAGUCACGUGCUUGUCUGCACAUCUGAAAGCAUACCUGAUCUGAAGCGAUCUGAAAGAUGUGUUGAUGUGAUUCUGAGCAUAGAAUGACAGCUUGAAUGGCAGCAAAAAAUGAAGUAGAAGAGUUGUGGAUAAGAUCCCUGCUUCAUUCAUAGUGCAAAUUAGGUAGUCCUUGAAGGAAGGCAAAAAUCCACUUGUUGAACAAUGAAGGUAAGUUAAUAUUUGCAGAAGUGUUUUUAUUCCAGUGUGAGGUGCAGGUUUUAUUUUUAAAAAAUGUAAGAUUAUGCCAGUUUGUCUGAAACAAUUGUAUAGCACUCAUCACCAUGGGAUCUGAAUGCCUCAGAAUUAUAAAUGUUUUAUCCUUACAGUAUCUCUGUAAAGGCAUAGCAGUGCUAUUACCCUGUCAGUUUUGUAAAGGAACAGAAUUAUGAAGGGACUGUGACUUGCCUAUGCACAAAUAGAAAGUCUGUGGUAGCAGAGGAAAUACUUUUAUUAUUAUUCACCCAGUUUGUUAACCAUAAGGUCAUUUUUCCUGGCUUCAUAAAGUUAAUCACUCUAUUUAAGUUAUGCAGGUAACACAUCUUUUUUUUGUAGCAUACUUUUAUUUUUUUAAGCAUUUCACUUUUCAGUUAUGAUAAUCUGUUAAGCAGAGCUUUUUACUUUUUCUGAUGAAAGUUCAUGUUUAAUUUUAGAGGAUCAGCCUAACUGAAUAAUAUACAUCAAUAGAACAGUCUAUUUCCCUAGAUAAAGACUAUGUAAAAAUACAGUAGUAGUAUAUCAUUGCAAAGUAUAUUUGAGAUCAGAGUUCCAUUCUUUUUAGUCUCACUUUGUACUGUAAAAGCAAUAAUAAGCUUCAUAUAGCCACACUACUUUCCUGUUUAUGUCGUGGUGCUUUCUCCAUUUUCACUUGUGUCCUAUUAUCAGAUUUUCAAUUGUAAUAUGUAUUUAAAAUAUUAGUAUGUAAAGGGAAUAUCACAAUAGCACAUGUUAGUUUCACACAGACUAAAUUACUAAAAGCACUUUUUUUGCCAUAGAACCUUUCUGCACAGCACUGCAAGACCUGUAUUGUAUUCCUUCUCACAAUAUACAACAGAAAAGUCUACUGAAAUCACUAUUGCAGACUCCAGGAACAUCUCAUAGAAAUUUGGCAGGCACAAACAACAUCAGAACAGCGUGUAAUAUGCUUUAGGCCUAUAAAAAGAAACACUAGGGUUGUAAUAUGAUUCUAAUAACUAGUGAGCUAAAUAUUUUUGUUCAUUCAAAUAUAAACUUAAAAAAAACAGUUUGGGUGUAUAAUCAGGGCUGAUGCUAUGGAGAGAGCCUAGCCCAGUUCAAUUUCUAACUUCAGCACUUAAGUACCUAACGUUAGAAUGCACCAACAAGCUCUUUCUGUGGCAAAGAACUUUCCUGGAAAGAAGCAAGAACCUUGAAAUGCUUCAAUCUGAAGCUGUUUCUAGAGGUUGUCAGUCCCCCUACAUAAUUCAGGAAGACUUGCAAAGCCGCAUCUACAAUAGAGCAAUCUCCCUAGGUGGCUGCAUAUGUUACAGUGCCUGUCCGGUGUCAUUUUGAGCCCUUGCUACACACACCCGCCACCUGUCCUUAUGCCUUCCCUAGCCCCUUGGUACAUCUGCUGGGCCAAGUCAUUUUAAGCACAAUGACCCUCUUCUGCAGAGCUGGUCAGGUGAAUCCACCUUCACUUGGAACCAAGGUAUUUCAUCUCACUGGAAACAGAGAGGCUGGAGUUAGGGUCAGGCUCAUAUAUGUACAAUUUAUGGUUCCACAUUAUCUAAUUGUUUUAAUUUCUUGGAUUAACUGUAUUUUUAUAUGGUGAUGCCACCCAGAAGAAAAAAAAAAAAAAAAAAAAAAAAGAAA